AGAGGAUAUGGUGGAGGUGCCGUUGCCGCUGCGUAAGACUCGGCGCGCCGGGCACUGGCACGUGCGCUGUCCCGACCUUGUCCCGCUCCGAGAAAGUCGGGGCCGAUUGACUUCGUCCUCGACGACGACCAGCAACGAACUCGCUGUUGCUUCACAGCUCGUGCAACACAUCUACGCUAGCUUCGGAAUAAUCUGGCGUGGCCGCCGUCUGGAGAAUCGUGCAGCGAGGGUACUGCCAGCGAGUUCGUGAGUUUCCGUACCAAGCACGUUCUGGUGUUCGUGUUGUAGCCGCUCGGGCUUGCAGCGCGGUUGCCACCGCCUUUGGCAGACAAUACACCCUUUCUUCUGAUAGACAUGUGCUGUUGAGCACAGUCGGGCGUUACAACACCUACUCUGCACUUUAUUCGAACGACUGAGGUGACGCGGCUUGUCUUACAGCAACGAGGAGCGCCUCAACUAGUAUUCGAACAUAUACGAGCAUGCUCGGAGUCUGGCGGCCUCUACUCUCUCUGGCCCUGUCUCUCGCAGAGUCUCCCAUUGCGACAUGGGCUAUCAGUGUUGCGGAGAUCCAAGGCAAGUCAUUUCGAUCUCCGUAUGAGGGGCAGACCGUCAACGAGGUGUAUGGCAUCCUAACCGCGAAGGACAAUUACGGCGGCUGGAUUUCAGACGUGCCCUCCUCCGACCCACGCGAGUCGAACGGGCUUCGUAUCUACGGCCCACACGCGCUGCGCGGCGUCUCCGUCGGCGACGACAUCUCGCUCACUGGGCGCGUCGCGGAGUACCGCUCGAGCCCGAACGACCUCUCGCUCACCGAGCUCGACCUCAUCCGCGACAUCAUCAUCUUCUCGCACGACAACCCCGUCAAGCCCGUCCUCCUCGGCGAGGAACGCACCCCGCCGAAGGGCCAGCUCUCCCGGUACGACGACGGCCCCGACGGGUCGGGCUGGUUGGCGAUCCCGAAUAACGUUACACGGGUGGAGGAGGAGAACGAUGCGCUGAGGCCUGAGUUGUAUGGGCUGGACUUUUGGGAGAGCUUGGAGGGGCAGCUCGUUACGGUGCCGUCGCCCGUUGCGGCGAACUUCCCGGAUAGAUACGGUGCGGUGUGGGUGUAUGGUGCUUGGCCGGUGUCGGGGCUGAACUCGAGGGGCGGGUUGACUGUUCACUUCCCUGAGUCGGAAGGACCGCCCGAUGCGCACUCCGGGGCCAUCCUUAUUGGCCGCCCUUUGGAUAAUACCAAGCUUCCGCGCGCAUAUAUGGGCAUGGAGAUGAGCGACAUCACAGGCGUCGUGACAUACCAGUUCGGCGACUACUACAUCCUGCCCCUCACCGCCCCAGAAGUCAUCUGGACGCCAGACGAGCGACCCUCACCCGCAACCCUCCGAUCAGGCUUGAGCCCCUGCUCCCUAACCAUCGGCGACUACAACGUAGAGAACAUGGGCCCGCGCUCCUGGCACCUCCCCACGAUCGCCGACCACAUCGUCAGCUACCUCAACGCCCCCGACAUCGUCUUCCUCCAGGAGAUUCAAGACGACUCGGGCAGGAAGGACGACGGGACCGUCUCCGCGGACAAGACACUCAGCCGGCUCACGGCGGCGAUCGCCCGUGUCAGUCUGUACGAGGCGCAGUAUGAGUAUGCGUACGUCGCGCCGGAGGACGGGAUGGAUGGCGGGCAGCCGGGUGGGAAUAUCCGGGUAGCUUACCUUUGGCGUCCGGAGAAGGUCACCUUGGUCUCGGGUUCACACGCUGGGAACGCUACGCAGGCGACUGAACCUGUCCUCGACGAGGAAGGCAAGGUGACUCUGAGAUUGAACCCGGGACGUAUUGAUCCUACAAACGCAGCGUGGGAGGAGGCGCGUAAACCUGUCGCGGCAGCAUGGCAGACGAACACCGGGGAGCGGUUCUACACUGUGAACGUGCACUACAGUUCGAAGCGGGACAGCUCGUCCGCGCAAGGAGAUGCGCGGCCACCGGUCAACGGGAAGAGCGAGCAGCGCAUGGCACAAGUGAACGUAACGGCAGCCUUCGUCUCCUCGCUCCUCGCACUCGACCCCUCGGCACACAUCAUCGUCGGUGGUGACAUGAACGAGUUCCUCCAGACGCGCAGCGUCUUCGCGCCCUUCGACGGGCUGCUCACGGACAUGAACGAGGUCGCGGGGGUGCCGCCCGCGGAGCGGUACACGUACGUGUACGAGCAGCACGCGCAGGAGAUCGAUCAUGUCCUCGUGUCGGACGCUGUGAAGGCGAAGGGUGGUGCCGUGGAGCAUGUGCAUAUCAAUACGUGGGCGACGAGCAAGGGCGGCCAGGCGAGCGAUCAUGACCCGACGGUUGCGAAGGUGUGGGUGUGUGAGGCAGAGGGCGGCGAAGGCUCUCAGUAUAACGAUGACCCCGAGUCGGUCGUUGUGCAAGCACCAUGGAACCAAGUCGUUGUGCUGUGAAUCUGACUCGGUGAUUGUCAUACUGUCUUGACAUCACGACACCGCGGAGAGGGCGGGCUACCAAUACAGGUCCAACGUUCAGCUAUGAUACAGGGUAGUCGAUGCUUCGCCUAUCACUCUAUAUGUACCGGAAGAUGUUGGCUUUCUGUUGUAAUCCCAUGUACCAUCAAUAUUUCACCAACCUACACACACCCCAAACUUGUACGUACCACGUUGCGCCGAUAACCUCCCUCCACUUCACCGCCUUCAAACUCGGAGUUGGCCAGCGAGCCCUGACGCUCCUUCCACUUCUCCAUGAGCGCGGCAUCCUGCUCGGCAACAGUCAUCUUGCGGGCUGGCUUGUGUUCUUCUGCAUUGUCUGCCGUUUUGUCGGUGUUUGCUGACCCGGCGUUGCUCGCUUGAGCAGUAGGGGUCUGGGCAAGAUGUUCUGCAGUCGGCUGCGUGUCGUGCUCGCUGCGGCUC